AUGAGCUCACAAAAGACUUCUGAAGAAAAAAACAACAAUCAUAACAGUCCAAAUGGGAAAAAUAUCAACAAUACCGUCAAAGUAAUUAGAAAAAGAAUAAAUAAUGGUCCUAGAACUCUUAAAGCCUGUGAAAAGUGUAGGACCAAAAAGAUUAAAUGCAUACCUUCUGUAAAUAUGGCACAUGAUGUUAGAUGCAUGUAUUGUCAAAAAUUAGAUAUAAAAUGUAGCCUACAAAAAUUAUUAGAAGACACACUAUCUAAAUCAUCAUCUUCUACUUCUUCUAAUGGCAAUAUUAUUGCUAAUACUGCUACUACUAAAACUACUACUGUAAUAAAAGAUAAUGCACAGAUUAUGGACACGUCCAACGAGCUGGCCAGAAAUUUGUACAGCGCCCAUUAUUAUAAUGGAUUAGGUAACGAAUCUCUAACGAAUAUUAAUGAAAAUGUUUUAAAAUGUGUUGAACUUCUUCAAAGUUUGAAGCAGCAUACGUUAUGGGCAUCUGCUUCUUAUCCUUCAAUCACUUCUUCUUCUUCUCCCUCUUCUUCUUCCCUCUCUGCUCCCUCUGCUAAGGCUAUAGAUUUUGGAAAAUCCGUUGAUCUUAUCAGUUCUUUGGAUUCAAGAAGUAAUAGCAAUAUUGAUGUCCCGUCUAGUGUUUUGGACAAAAAUUUUUCUGCUCUUUUCAGUCCAUUUAUUACGUUUUCAAGAUUAGUGCAUAAAUUAAAUGUCCCAUUACAAAUCAGAAACUUACAUGAUGAAUCACCAUUAGACGAGGCCACUAAUAAUAAUGACGAUGAAAUGACUAAUGAUGUUAUUGGUCUGAAUAUUUUAACAUUUCCAGAAGUCAUAAUGUUAGUUAGGGAAUUCAAAGAUAAUUAUGGAACUUGGGUUUCCUUCCCGGAAUCCAUUCCGGUCGAAGAUUUAGUACAGAUGAUAAGAAAAAGUAAUUGUAGUGUGUUAUUAACUACAUCUUGCGUUUUAGCGUUAAGAUAUACCAUAUAUUACCACGAUUUGAAGACACGGAUAUAUAAGAAUUUGUUAUAUAAGUUGAAAUUAGAUCUAGAAAAAGAAUUGGUCGCUGUCAAUUUUAGUAUUGAAUUGAUUCAAAGUUUGGUGAUUUUAUCCAUAUACAGUAGUUCUUUUAGUAGCGACAUUCAGAUUUUUGAUGCGUGGAAUUUGUCUGCCUUUGGUAUACAAUGCUAUAUUUCAGGUAACAUUUUACAGACUUUUCAGGAUUAUAAUAACUCGCCAUCGAAUAGCUUGUCAAUAUACAGUAUUAACAAUUAUCAUCAAGAUAACAAACCCAAUUCCAAAAACGGUUCCAGGAACAGCGCCAUGACUUACUCUAAUGACAUGUUUGAACGAUUGAGAACUUAUAGACUAUGGAACCAUUUAUGUUUGGUGCAUUUAACCCAUAGUGUGUUAAGUGGUAGAAUGUGUAUUUUAAAUGAUGAAAGCAUUAAAUUAUGUAAUAGAACUUUGAAUCUAUCCAAUGCUACUAAUUUUGAUGGUAGAAUGAUUGCUGAAAUUUCAUUAUAUUCCAUUUUAUACAAAUGUAUGACAAAUCUUUCAACUAUUGAAUCUCUAGAUAAAUUUAUUGAAUGCAUUGAUAAAUGGUACAAUAGAUGGAAAUAUUUAACUUCGCAACCAACUAGUCAAUUUAUAGAUUUUAACUUUCAUUUUUCUCAAGUGUUAUCUAGAAUCAUUUGGUACCAUCAAAAAGUUUUCCCCAACUUAGAAUCUGCUCAAGAUACCGAUAGUAAUAAGAAGGUGAAUAAUAAUAGUAAUAGUGUCACCAGUAACGGCAAUAGUAAAUUAGCAAAACAAGAAAAAAUAUAUAAUAAUGGAGAUGAUCAUUUUGUUGUUGAACGAACUUUUGUUGGUAAUUAUAUGAACGAACACCUUCCCUUGGAUCAUGUUUUCUCGAAGAUACCCCUGGAAGAUCUAAAAGCGAUAGCGUCAAAUUGUGAUAUUGCAUUGGAUUUAUUUCUAAAUGUGGAAUUUCAUAAGUUUAGAUAUUUAAGUGAUCAAUUAAUUUUUAUUUCCGUUUAUUUAAGCUUGGUUGGUUUAAAAACUUUAAAAUAUUUAAAAAAUAAUCAUCCCAAGGAAUUGACCGACGAAUCUGUCAGAAAACUUAUUACUUCAGUCAAAAAACUAAGUUUGAGAUUAAGGAAAAUUAGAGAAACUGAAUUAAAAAGUUUUUGGGUUGAAGAAAUCGAUUUGCGAAUACCUAGUGUUGUUUUGCAGUAUCACAGUGCUAUUGAAUCUUAUUUGAAAGAAAGUUUCCCCAAUCAUGUGGAACCAACUCUACCUUUGUAA